AUGACGACGCCGGAUUCGGAAAGCGUCGAGCUGUUCUGUGGGUCUGACCCACCUUCGGCGCCGCUCACAUUCCGUGCUCCUGCGACGACGGUCGUUUCCAACUGCGCCAAGUCUAUCAUCGACCGAAAACUGCGCAAGUAUGCGUCGGAGACGUCUUUCGCCACGGAGACGGCCAGCGAGAGCAGUUUGGAACGCGAGGUGCCAAGUCGAACGAGGGUCUUCACCGUACGGCCAGUGCCGCGAGCCAAUGGAGGCGGCGUCGUGGCGGCCAACACCAGAAGACGUCGACUCGACUCGGACGCUUCUGGAAGCGCCAACAGCGAGGCGACCGUUGCCAGCGGCACGAUGACUCCGAGACGAGUGUUCCGAAGGCCGAAGAGCACCAGCGAAAUGCACCAGUCCUGCACGAGUGCCACCAUUCACUCGUUGGAAAGCGCUCAUCAGACCGACCGACGUCCUUCUCACGUCUACAUGAUCGACGACGACAGCGUCCACGAGUUUGAAGACGAUGAUGGUCAGUUUUUAUUUUUUUAUCCUUGUUAUCCAAAGUCGGGUAACGGCCAUCAUCCGAAGUCGUUACUAAAAAGUGAGGGAUGAUAUUGUUUAGAUAUUUUUUUUUAAUUUUUUUUAAAUAAAGUAAAAAAAUUUCAAUUUUAUGUUGUGAAAGCACAUCUUUGAAAUUAAAAAAACUCCUUUUUCGAAACUCUGUCUAACCUUACCCAAAAAAAGGCGAUCGAAUCCAUUUUUGGAUUAAAGGUCAGAUCUGAAUAUGUAUUUGAAAAAUGGAAAAAUUCAUGUGCAAAAAAAUGCCAAAUUAACAAUCAAAAAUCGAUGGAACAAGGUCAAGAUAAAAAAAUUUUUUUGAAAGUUUUUUUCAUAAAAGGUUUGGUAAGAAAAAAGGCCUUUUUUUCGAGCCUUUGAUGUUUUAAGAAUUUCGUAAAUUUUUUUUUGUUCAAAGUUCGAAAUUUUAUUUAUUUUCUUUUUCGGUGAGGUUUUACCAUGACUUUUUUUGCAGGUGAAGCUUCCCUCCGAAUUCGUUAA